AUGAACAAAAAUCCGUUCGUUCCGACCCCGUCCUAUACAGCUCCCCAACCACCCCUUCCACCCGGACCACCACCUCCCCAGCCAGCUCAGCCCGACUAUUCUGGCUGGUGGGCGUCUGCUGCAGCUCAACAGCCCCACGUCCAGCAGCCCGGCGCAGCUCAAUACACCCCCCAAUGGACGCCACCGCAGCCUGCACGCCCAGCGCAUGACCAAAGCGCGUUGUACGCGAACUACGGUUACGGGAACCAGCCAGGCAAUUGGCAAAGGCAACAACAGCAGCAAUAUCAGCCACAACAACACUAUGCCACUCCAGCAGCCCCUCAACCACCGCAGGCUCAGCCAGGAUAUAAUCCAUACCAGCCAACUGCCGGCUACCCGCAACCUUACGUACCUCAACCUGCCGUCGCCCCGCCUCCGCAACCUAUGGGCCAGGCGGUUUACCCGCCACAGACCCCGCAGCAGCCUUUCUUCAACCCACACCUCCCCCAAGGCCAACCCCAGCAACCCCGGAUGCAUCAUGGGUCUCAACACCAGCCACCAGCAAAGCGCCAACGGUUCGAUGGUCCCAACGCUAACCGGCAGAAUGCCCCGCCUCCACCCCCGCAGUUUCAGGCUCCGCCCCCACCACCUGGUGGCGGCUCAUUCACCGGCCCAACAGGUAGUCGUAACGCCCCGCCAUCCGGUCCCAGUCAAAUGGGGAGCGGAGGAAGGGUAGGAGGACCAGGAGGCAGAGCCGGUGCUCAAGGUGGACGUGGACGAGGUGGCUCUUUCACGGCAAACAGAGGCGGUGGAGCAAAUCGUGGACGAGGGACUGGGAGUACAUUCUUAGGGGGUGCUGGAAACGCCAAUCGAGGGGGAGGUCCAGGUGGACAGCAAGGUUCUUUGCGGGGUCAUGGAUCGCGGAACAACUUCGGUGGCCCCAAUACACGUCGAGGGGGAGGGUCUUCAUUCAACGCGGGCGGAUACCAUCGUGGAUCGUCUUUCCGAAAUCGCGACCAUUCGACUGCCAACAGAACAGGACCUAGACAUGACGGAAGCGGGGGUGCAGGCGGUACUUCCUGCAACAAGGAUGCUGCUUUAUCACCUUCCUUUUCUAAUGUCGGUAAGAAAGACGAGAGUCGCCGGACACUCACAGAUUUCAAGAUCGUUGGACUUUCAAUACCUGAGUUGGAUUGGUCAUGGGGCGAUGUCCCUACUGCCGUUCCAUCUCCACCCACAGUGGAAGUAAAACAAGAGGUCACUGACUCGGAGGGCUCUCUCGUUGUUAAACAAGAAAAUGCGGACGACAAGUCUAGCCUUCAGGCAGACGCGACUGGCGAAGGCAAUGAUGGCUCGACCACCGAAAUCAAGCCUGAUAUUUCUGCUCAGACUGCAACCUCUGAGGAAACACCUGCAUCUGAUAUCAAGUCAUCGCCCGAAACUCAAGGGCAAGCUGCGUCUUCUCGUUAUCCUUCUGAUUUGAAUGGCGCCAAUCCACCCCCUUCCCGGUUGCGGAUUUAUUUCCAUACACCGGUGACUGCUGAUGAUUCCCGUCCUAUUCCUCACAACCCAUCUCCCUUGUUCGAAGAGAGCCGAAAGGGCAAACGGAAGAAGUUGGACGACGACGAUGGAGAUCUGGAGGAAGGGCGUGCUCCCCCUCCACCCCCCCAGAUGAGUGGGUUGAACGACGAUAGAUCCAGCAUAGCUGCGAGUGUUGCUCCCAGCGUGGCUGAAACUGCCAGUGAAGGCGAUUGGCUGAUGGCUGCUAUCGUUGAAGGUGAGGAAGAUGCAGAGGGGGUGGUUGAUACUGCUCAUGAGGAAGUUGGUGCCGAUGGAGCUGGACAAGGGGGAGAGGUGAAGGCUGAUGCCCACCACGAAGAGUUGGAUGAUUUGGAUGCAGAAGGCGAGGUAGAGACUCUCAUGGAUGGAGAUAAUCUUGAUGACGACGUUGACAUGGCUGGAGGAGAAAUGCUCACCACGGAGGCCUCUGCCCCUGAGACGCAAAGUCUCAAUGCGCCUGCUGUUUCUAACGGCGCCCCUGCUCCCGAGAACGAUGCCCCUGCGCCGGAUAUUCCAUCUGAACCCGUCGCCUCCUCUGAUGGACCUGUGAAUGACUCUCCUGGUGCUGUGGUUGAUGACAAGCAGCAGGAGUUGGAUCCUUCCCAAUUGAGCGCGAUGGCUGAAUUGCCUGCACCCUCUGAGCCCCAGUCUCAAGCACCCGCUCCUGUUGAAUCUGCAAAUGAUGUCGCUAACAAUCCUGAUUCUGUUGACACGCAGGUCCAGGAUACUCCGCUACCCGUCAAUGGAACCACCAAGACCUUGGAAGCAGCUUCAGCGGACCCUACCUUGCUAAUAGUCGAAACACAGGAGACCACGCAGAUCGACACAGACGCACAAACUACAGCAAAUGUCGACCAGACUCUAAAGGAUGCACCACAAUCGCAAGGCCAGGGUCAAGAGGAUGCGCCACAGCCGCAAGAACCCGUUCCCGAUGCGCCCAAGUCACCUUCGCCAAAGCACCCCGAGGACAUCGAUGCUGCUCCGCCCACUAAACAAGAGCCCUCAGGCCCCGCAUCUCCUUCUGCCAAUCGCUUGGCCGUCUCAUAUGCUGGAGGAAAUCGACGUUUCGUAAUCAACGCUGAAAUAGUUUCUUCCUUCCAAUUGUUCCGCCAAGAAGGACGAAUUGAGGUCAAUCUCGACCUCUCGAAAGACAGCGGCUACGAUGGCCUCAAAGGCCUUCUGGUUGAGACACUCUCUGAAGAAUCAAAGACCUAUGUUACUAUCCCUGGUGUUCUUGACUCUGCCACCGAGUCCGACGACUCAGUUCCUCCCUUCUUCAAGUUGCCUCUGCCGGCUUCUAUCCAACUUCUUGUCCACCUUGACACAAGUCGACCAUUGUCGGACCCUAAAUGGGCCAAAACCGGGGAUGUCCAAGAAUGGUUGAAGAGUAUGUUUGGACGGAUGUUCUGGGUUGCUGGGGAUGCGGCCGAAGGUUGGGAGAAGAAGAUCCACGUUGUUGAUCCCGACCCGCCCCCGACUAUUUGGACCUUCUUGGAUGGGUGGGCAACCCAUUCUCCUGUUGGCGCUGUUACAGAACGACAACGGUUCUUGAAGACCCACAUGACGGAAACUGACAACAUCUUGGAAAUCUUGUUGCGCCUUGUCCGUGGGGAGCGAGCUACUCCGUUCUCGCACAACACUCCUCAAAUCUCCGUUCCAUCACUAUCAGGCCCUCUCCUUUCAGCCCUGACUCCAGGCUCGGCCCAUGGUGCUCAACAAACUCACGUCUCGCUGGCUGUUCUUGCUAUUUUCCGACUUACAGUGGAGUAUGCGAAGAAGGCCCUUGGUGACGAGAAGGGCAAGACUGAAGCAGAGGAGAAAGUUGGGGAUAUCAUUCGAUGCCUACCUUCCCACCUCAUUUACAAGAGUCUGGACGGCAUGUUCAAAGAGUGGAAAAUGGAGAAGAAGGGACUUCGCGGACGUUCGACGCGUCAUCUUGAGCUUCAGCAACGACCAACCAUGUUCAGAAACACCUACGACUCCGAUAACACCGUUUUCUCACCCCAAGGUCGAUUGCACCAAGUUGAAUAUGCUCUAGAGGCCGUGAAGCAAGGUUCUGCAGCUGUUGGACUGCGCUCAAAGACGCAUUCUGUUUUAUUGGCGCUGAAGCGAUCGACUGGAGAAUUGGCCUCUUAUCAACAGAAGAUGUUCCGCAUAGAUGACCAUGUUGGAAUCGCGAUUGCGGGACUGACCUCGGACGCGCGUGUAUUGAGCAAUUUCAUGAGACAACAAGCCAUGUCUUCGCGAAUGAUCUUCAACCGACCAAUUCCCGUGAACCGACUUGUCUCUGCGAUUGCCGAUAAGGCGCAGGUUAACACUCAGGAAUAUGGGCGAAGGCCUUAUGGUGUUGGCUUCCUUGUCAUCGGGCAGGAUAGCACAGGUCCCCACCUCUACGAAUUCUCGCCCUCUGGAAACUCUUACGAAUACUACGCCAUGUCAAUCGGUGCCAGGAGUCAAAGCGCUAAAACGUACUUGGAGAAACACUACGAGAGCUUUGCUGAUUGCUCCCUGGAAGACCUUGUACGACACGGCCUGCACGCUCUCCGAGAAACACUGCAGCAAGACAAAGAACUUACAAUUAACAACACUGAAAUCGGCAUUUGUGGACCCGCCAGCGAAUUCGAAACCAAUGUCCCUCCAUCAGGUCCUUUCAGGAUUCUUGAGAACGACAAAGUAGAGCCUUUCCUCAAAACGAUCGUUCCAAAGGAAGAGUUGGCUGCUCCCGCAGCUGCCCCCGCACCCGCUGCACCAGCGGCAACAGCAGCACCUGGAACGUCAGCCGAUGAAGAUGUACAGAUGCAAGAGUAGAUUGGUUUUCGUUGACUUUGUGAUUUGUAUUAAUACCAGGAUUAGCGACCGGAAUGACGACUAUAUCUCUACGU